CAAACCAUUUUAUUUUACAUUGAGUCUCAGUUUGUAGAUAUCAUUGCAUUGUACAAAAAUGUCUUUGCUUUACUUUUUCAUAAUUCUUAUAGUUUCUGCCGCAAUAUCGAAUUCUUUGAUUAGUAAACCAUUGAGUAAUGAAACUCACCUUAGGCACAGGAGAAUCGUUAACGGACAAAGAAUACAAAUCGCAAAGGUGCCUUACCAGGUGGCGAUAAUUUGGCGUAGUUAUCUGGUUUGUGGUGGCUCAAUUAUAGCUCCCACUUGGAUUUUGACUGCCGCACACUGCCUUCAGGGUUAUGAACCAAUAUACAAAGAAAUGAAAGUGCGUGCUGGAUCGGACCGCCGACAUAUUGGUGGAGAACUGCGUAAAAUUCGUUGGCAGCGAAUUCACGCACAGUUUCAUCCAAAACACUUGAUCAACGAUAUCGCUUUGCUUAACCUGGAUGGUCCGUUUCAGUUGAAUCAAGAUGUAGUCUGUAUCAGAUUACCCCCACAGGGGCAUUUUCCGACGGAGGGUGAAAAUGCACUCGUUUCAGGAUGGGGUAAAACGGACCCUAAAGCAGACAAGAAAAACCCCGACUCUUACCCAGUCAAUUUGAACUUCGUUAUACUGCCGAUAAUGCCAUUCGUUCAGUGCAGGAUGUUCUAUAAAAAAUUCACUAUGGACGGAGAUUUACAAUUCUGCGCAGGUUUUGUUACGGGUGGUAAGGACGCCUGCACCGGUGACUCUGGAGGCCCAAUGGCUAUGAAUAAUUACCAGGUGGGAGUAGUGUCGUGGGGUCUAUCCUGUGCAAAACCCAGACAGCCGGGAGUAUUUACCAAUGUAGGAACAUAUGUAGAUUGGAUUUAUAAUACUUUGAAAAGUAAAACGAGGGCGGGUGCAUUACAAUGCAGCAGAUAUUUAUGAGACCCGAAUAGAUAAGUUUUAUUUGCCAUAAACCAGUGAAGUAAUCGUUGAAGUUACUUGUAGACACGGGACAGAAGAGGAAGACAUAAAUAUUGAUUGGUUGCAAAUAUAUAAAUUAGAAAAAAAAUCUGAAACUGAAUUUUAUUCUAAACUCUAUAGGCUAGCGAAAUAUUUAAGGCUUAUAUAUUGGCGGAUUUACGAUGUUCUAAAACAAUUUCUCCAAAGGUGGCUCACUCAAACAUUUUCCAUAGAAUUCCCACCCUUUUUCAUAAAAAUAAUAUCAGAUCAUUGGUAGUUAAAAUAUAGGGGGAAUGACGGCUUUGGCAGGUUUUGUUCUAUUAUUGUCAGGGUUUUUUUUAUGACUGAUUAAGCUCAAAUUUGGCCUAAACAUUCUUUGCAUAUCAAAGAAUAUUGUGGCCAAAUUUCAUAAAAACUUUCCCUUACUUACCCUCAAUUUGUUGAGAGCAAUCGCAGGUAUUAAUAAGGAAGUGGCCUUCCUAAAGGAGAACUUAAAGAAAAAACUGACGCCCAUCAGUCAUAAGAUUAAUAUGGGAUGUUACAUCCCAAAAUGUAUUAAUAAGAAAGCAGAGACGGAGUUCGUCAAGGCAUCGAUAGGGCGACAUUACGCUAAAUUGGAACGA